GGUUUGUUCCGGAACUUGAUGCGCAUCGAACUAUUACUUCCGGUGCGUGAUGUCAUACCCGUUCCUUUUUCCUGCAUGCUGCCAAGUGUCAACGAAAUCAAAGUGGAUUUUCAUUACGGGUGUGAUCGAUCUGCCUUGUCACAAUGGGCAUUUUGGACAAAAUCGGGGAGAUCGAGAGAGAAAUCUCUCGAACUCAGAAAAACAAAGCCACUGAGUACCAUCUUGGCUUGCUGAAGGCCAAGCUUGCGAAAUACAGAGCUCAGCUUCUGGAGCCCUCCAAGACUGCGGGGGCCAAGGGAGAGGGCUUCGAUGUCAUGAAGUCUGGAGAUGCCCGAGUGGCUCUUAUCGGUUUCCCAUCUGUUGGUAAGUCCACCUUCCUCAGCUUGAUGACGUCCACCGCCAGUGAGGCUGCCUCCUAUGAGUUCACCACUCUCACCUGUAUUCCUGGUGUCAUAGAGUACAAAGGGGCCAACAUUCAGCUGCUUGAUUUACCAGGAAUCAUUGAGGGCGCUGCCCAAGGUAAGGGUCGAGGUCGGCAGGUCAUCGCCGUGGCUCGUACAGCCGACGUAGUCAUCAUGAUGUUGGAUGCCACCAAGGGAGGCGUCCAGAGAGAGCUUUUAGAAAAAGAGUUGGAGUCUGUUGGCAUCAGGCUAAACAGCAAGAAGCCAAAUAUUUACUUCAAGCCCAAGAAAGGUGGUGGCCUCUCUUACAACUCUACAGUCCCUCUCACCAUGUGCUCAGAGAAGCUGGUGCAGCUCAUCCUCCACGAGUACAAAAUCUUCAACGCUGAGGUGCUCUUCCGCGAGGACAGCACGCCAGAUGAGUUCAUCGACGUCAUUGUCGGGAACAGAGUUUACAUGCCCUGCCUUUACGUUUAUAACAAGGUGGAUCAGAUAUCCAUCGAGGAGGUGAACCGUCUAGCCCACGUGCCCAACAGUGUUGUCAUCAGUUGUGGGAUGAAACUAAACUUGGACUACCUUCUGGAGACGUUGUGGGACUACCUGGCCCUCAUCUGCAUUUUUACCAAGAAGAGGGGAGAGCGGCCGGACUUCGGCGAUGCUAUCAUUAUGAGAAGAGGAGCAUCUGUAGAACAUGUGUGCCAUCGGAUCCACAGGACCUUAGCCGGCCAGUUUAAAUACGCCUUGGUCUGGGGCACCAGCACCAAGUACAGCCCCCAAAGGGUGGGGCUAACACACAUCAUGGAACAUGAAGACGUCAUCCAGAUCGUUAAAAAGUAAAAAUGGAGUCCUCUGAUUUGACAGAGGAGAGACUGAAUGGGAGGGGUCCCGUUCACAUGGGAGGGGCUGAAAGGCAGAAGAGAAAAACAUUGUACAGUAUACAGUGAAUUAUACAAUGACAUUAAAGCUGCCUUCUUUCAUUCUGUUUUUAUGUAUGAAAUUCUAAACCGGUAACUGUUCGUCUGGAAUCUCCCAGAUUACUCUGGCUCCCAUGAAACGGCAUAUUUAACCUUUCGAUUAAGUUUGAGACAGAUGCGUUGAGACAAAAAUAUUAAACUCAAAUACAAAAACAA